AUGCUCGAGUACGACCUCAUCGCCUACAAGAUGAACAAUAUGGACUCGCACCCGCGCGUCCUCUCCCUCAGCGCCGGCUCUUCAGCCACUACAUCCAUUGUCUCGACACCCGUCACGCAGUCGCGCCGCGCCAGCCACGACUCGCAACACGAUGCGCACCACUUCGUCAACCUGGGCAAGACGGACAAGUCACUGAACUCGUCCAUCAAGAAACUCUGGAAGGACUUCAAACACGCCGCGGCCGAACACCACCGCAGCGUCAACGCCGCCUACGAAGCUACACAUGGCGCCGGACCAAGGGUUGGCGCCCUCGGCGGCAUUAGGGUCGAGUGA